AGAUCCUCUCUGUUUCCAGUCGAGCAAUAAUGACCCGGGCACAGUGAGCAGCUGACUUUAAUGUCAAAUGUAUCUGAAGUCCUAAAUCGUGUAAGACUGACAUUAUGUUCCCAAACAAGUUUGGCCGCAUCAUGUUAGGGUUGUACAGUCGCAGGUCAGCGUCCGUAUGCGGUGUUGUCCAGUCGACUGUUGGUCAGAGUGGAUUCGGUUGGACGUCGAUGUGUAAACAUCGUUCACAGUGGCUCCAGAGAAGGUGUGCUGGGGAGCGGACACAGCGACACUGUCGCAGCAGUACUCGAUUGGUCCAUCAAUCUACAGUAGACCCUGAAGAGCUGAAACGAUUCCAGUCACUGGCCAGCAAAUGGUGGGAUGAAGAUGGAGAAUUCAAAGCCCUCCAUGCCAUGAAUGACCUGAGAGUGCCUUUUAUAAGGGAUAAUUUGCUGAAUGUCCACAAAGCGAAUCAUCCUGGGAGACCACUGGCUGGACUGCGCCUACUGGAUGUUGGCUGUGGGGGCGGUCUGCUCACUGAGCCCCUGGGUCGCCUGGGAGCCAGUGUGUUGGGUAUAGACCCAGUGGAAGACAGCAUUGGCACGGCACAGCUGCAUUCGUCAUAUGACCCUGAUCUUAGCGAGCGGGUAAGCUAUAGAGCAUGUGCCCUGGAGGAGCUCUGUGCAGAUGGGGCUGGAGGCGAGACGGCGCGGGAAGCCGGUUCGUUCGAUGCCGUCGUAGCAUCCGAGGUGGUGGAACAUCUGGCCGACCUGGAAACGUUCGCUUUCUGCUGCCGCCAAGUACUGAAGCCAGGCGGCUCACUCUUCAUCACCACCAUCAAUAAAACCAACCUAUCCUACGUGCUGGCAAUCGUUGUAGCCGAGCAGCUGCUGAGCAUCGUUCCCAGCGGGACACACGACUGGGAAAAGUUCAUCAGCCCUGUAGAUCUGGAGCGCCAUCUGGAGUCCAAUGGUUUCUCAGUGCAGUCAGUCCAAGGGAUGCUGUAUAAUCCAGCAUCAGGAGCCUGGAGUGUGACUAACAGCACUGCCAUCAACUAUGCCUUGCAUGCUGUCAAAGUGGCUGAGGACCCCCAGUGUGACCCCCAACAGGACCACUCUGAAGGCUCACACUACACGUGAUAUAUGGACACUGGUCAAGAAAACCGAGCCCUGAUGUUCAGGUAUCUUUGGUCCUACUCACACUUGGACAUUCAUUGUGCUAACUUCUGCUACGCUUUGACUAUUUCCAGUCCUUCUGAUCAUUUUGAGAAAUGGUGUCUGUCAUUAAGUACUUGCGAGAGGAGCAAUCCCAUUAAUUAGAUGACAUGUCUUCAUUAUGCACACUGAUACAGUGUGGUUUUGGAUUAUUUUGAUUUUCUGUGUAUGAAUUGUGUCAGUGAUGACUAACAGUUUGCAAGUACACUCAUUCUGUGACUGGGCUCGUACAUCCUUACGACAGAAUCAUGUGACUUGUUGAUUUUUCUUUGAGAACCGUGGUCAAAUAGUAAUGAAAAUAUUCACAACAAACACAACUCCAUGUGGCUGCGUGCAUGCUGCUGAGUAUAUUUAGCUUGGGAAGCACGAGAGGGGGCGGUCACAUCCUCAGGGAGUGGAAGUAUUUCAUGUGUCAGUGUUAUGUAAUGGCAAUAAAGGCAGUGGCAUAGAAUAAA